AUGAUACAAUGUAAAUACUGUUUUCUUUCAUCUGCUUUGGUUUCUUUCAUCUCCUUUUCUUUCAUCUCCUUUGCUUUCUUUCAUCUCAUUUUCCUUCAUCUCAUUUGCUUUCUUUCAUCUGCUUUGCUUUCUUUCAUCUCCUUUGCUUUCUUUCAUCUCAUUUUUCCUUUGAUCUCCUUUGUUUUGCUUCAUCUCCUUGGCUUUCUUUCAUCUCCCUUUCCUUCACCUCCUUGGCUUUCUUUCAUCUCCCUUUCCUUCACCUCCUUGGCUUUCUUUCAUCUCCCUUUCCUUCACCUCCUUGGCUUUCUUUCAUCUCCCUUUCCUUCACCUCCUUGGCUUUCUUUCAUCUCCCUUUCCUUCACCUCCUUUGCUUUCUUUCAUCUCCCUUUCCUUCAUUUCCUUUGCUUUCUUUCAUCUCCUUUGAUUUCUUUCAUCUCCUUUUCCUUCAUCUCCUUUGAUUUCUUUCAUCUCCUUUGCUUUCAUCUCAUUUGCUUUCUUUCAUCUCCUUUGCUUUCAUCUCAUUUGCUUUCUUUCAUCUCCUUUGCUUUCAUCUCAUUUGCUUUCUUUCAUCUCCUUUGCUUUCUUUCACCUGGUUUGUUUUCUUUGAUCUCCUUUGUUUUCCUUCACCUCCUUUGCUUUCCUUCAUCUCCUUUGCUUUCAUCUCCUUUGUUUUCUUUCAUCUCAUUUGUUUUCCUUCAUCUUCUUUGUUUUCCUUCAUCUCCUUUGUUGUAA